AUGGGAGUUCCCGCCUUCUUCCGCUGGCUCUCUCGCAAGUACCCGUCCAUCGUGGUGCAGGCCGACGACGGCACCGCCGGCCAGUACCACUUCGACAACCUCUACCUGGACAUGAACGGCAUCAUCCACCCCUGUUCCCAUCCGGAGAACAAGCCGCCACCGGCCAACGAGGAGGAGAUGUUCCUCGCCAUCUUCGAGUACGUCGAGGACAUCCUCGCCAUCGUCCGCCCGAAGAAGGUCCUCUACAUGGCCGUCGACGGCGUCGCGCCGCGGGCGAAGAUGAACCAGCAGCGCUCUCGGCGCUUCCGCGCCGCCCAGGAGGCCACUGAGAAGGCCAUCGAGGUGCAGAAGGUGAAGGACUCGCUAGCGGAGCGCGGCAUUGAGGUGAAGGAGAAGGAAAAGCGGGAGCACUUUGACUCGAACGUCAUCACCCCCGGCACGGAGUUCAUGAUGAACCUGAGCGAGGCUCUUCGAGGGUGGAUCGACCGCCGACUGAGCGAGGACUACGUCGACAAAGCGGGCAUCUGGCCCAAGGACCUGGUGGUCAUUCUCAGCGACGCCAGCGUGCCCGGCGAGGGCGAGCACAAGAUCAUGGACUACAUUCGCAAGCAGAAAGCGGACUGCCUCUACAAUCCCAACCUCUCCCAUUGUCUCUACGGAGCUGACGCCGACCUCAUCAUGCUAGGGCUGGCCACCCACGAACCGAACUUCACCAUCCUCCGCGAGGAGUUCAAACCGAACCAGCCCCGGCCGUGCGACCUCUGCGGCCAGAUCGGCCACGAGCUGAAGGACUGCACCGGCGCGGAGCUCCCACCGGAGGACCUGCCCGUGCCCGCAAAGACGGACUUUAUCUACAUCCGCCUGAACGUCCUCCGGGAGUACCUGGAGAAGGAGUGCCAGAAGGGCAACGUCCGCCUCGACUUUGAGCGCUUCAUCGACGACUACGUCUUCCUCUGCUUCUUCGUCGGCAAUGACUUCCUCCCGCAUCUGCCCUCGCUGGAGAUUCGCGAGAACGCCAUCGACC